CAAAAACAGCAGAGGCAACAACAGCAGCAACAAAAACAACAACAGCAAAAACAUGGAGAAGAAGGUAGAGAAGAAGGUGGAGAAGAAGGUAGAGAAGAAGAUGGAGAAGAAGGUAGAGAAGAAG